AUGGCAUCAGCAUUCCCCAAAUUACCAGGCUUUGUGCCCACUUAGGAGAUCGAUGUAACACUCACUUCAUAAUAUUACUAGAAACCAAACUUUAGAAAGGUCUCAUCAACCAAACAGGAACAAAAUAGAGAAGUCAAUCAUCUGGCUAAUAAAGAAUAUCCUGUACCUCGUAAAUAACCAAUUCAAAUACCACCAUAAUCAGGAAUGUUCAAUCCUGAUUAUAUGAGUACAACCCAUGCAAUGCAUCUUCCCAAAGUAAAAUAACAGAAUUAUACCAACCCAGUUGGGUCAAAAUGGAUAGACAUGUUCUACGAAUUCAGUGGUUACUUCAAAGAGGCAGUCGUUGAAUCUGCACUUGAGAAUUAUCGCAUUCGCAAAAUUACACUCUUUUAUUAUCUUGAAGACCAUUCACUUAGUAUAACUGAACCAAAAUAAGAAAAUAGUGGAGUACCCCAAGGAGCCUUCCUUAAAAGAUAAAAAGUAUUAAGAGCAGAUGAUUCUAAGACUUUCAUAUUACCUGAAGAUUUCAGAAUCAAUCGAGAUAUCAUCAUCUUUGGUAAAACCAUCCGUCUUUUUGAUUGUGAUCAAUACACUAGAGAAUUCUACGAACUAUAAGGAAUACCAUAAGAACCAUCCUUUGUACCUCAAUCAGACUCAUUUGAAACCAAAACUAUGACUAAAUUCAUCCCUCAAAAAGAUACAGUCAUGAAAGAUUACUUAGAACAUAAAUUAGGAGGUGGUAAAGUUACUUCUUAAAAGCAAUUCUUAGAAAAUGACAGAAAAGUCCUUAAAUUCUAUGUGUUUUCAGACAUCGAAUACAUUCUUCACUAUUAUUUGGCUGAUGAUACUAUUGAGAUUAAAGAAAUCAACUCAGCCAAUUCAGGCAGAGUCCCAUUUCCCAUGAUGUUGAGAAGGUAAAAACUACCCAGAAAAUUCUCACUCAAUCAACCUGGAUAAACAUAUGCAGAGGAUUUCAUUAGGCCACAAGAUAUUUAAUAUGGCUAACCCCUCAUUAUCUAUAAUCGCAAAUUCCUCAUCAAUGGAUGUGAUUAAUUCACUAGAUAAUACUAUUUUGAUAAAUUCAAUGUCGAUUUCCCUUUAGGAGGCCAAGAAGAAUAUGUUCAAUAAGAAAGAUCCAAUAUUAUAAUCCCUCCACAUAAUGGAAUUGGAGAUGAACAAGAUUCUCUUGGAUAUAUUUAUAGAUUAUAACCUAUACCUCCCAAAAAGGAUUUCUUCAAAUGGGUUGAUAAUCAAGUCAAUCUCAGAUUCCUAGCCAUGUUCAAUACUACCAAACCUGAAGAUAAAGACAGAGUCUUCGUAAUCACCUUCUUUUUAAAUGAUGACAGUCUGUUGGUGUAUGAACCUACUGUUAGAAAUUCUGGCAUCCCUGAUGGAAAAUUCUUGGAAAAAAGAAAGUAUAAGAAUGUGAAUAAUAAUAAUGAAUUCUUUACUCCUGGAGAUCUGAUUGUUGGUAAUGAAGUUUAAAUAAAUGGAUGGAGAUUUUAAUUGUUGGAUUGUGAUGAAUUCACUAAAAAAUGGUAUUCUGAGAACUUUAAAUGAACAUUUAAUCACAUUUAUGCCAUA